ACUGCCUGAAGAUGGCGAACUCCACGGCUUCCUAUGACCAGCUGGUCUACCAGGUGGAAGCUCUCCGCCAGGAGAACUCCCAUCUGCGUAGAGAGCUGGAGGACAACUCCAACCACCUGUCUAAGCUCGAGAACGAGACCACCGACAUGAAGGGAGUAUUGAAGGGCUUGCAGAAUAAACUGGAGCUGGAGGCUGGCACUUUGGCCUCCUCAGGGAGGACUGAUGUGCUGGAUCAGCUCAAAGAGUUGCACAUGGACCUGACCAACUACUAUGAGCUGAAGUACCAGCCGCACAAUCUGCGCAUCCUGCCAGACAGUCUAGCCAGUCUGGCAGCUCAGUCGAGUGACAUGGACGAUCGUCUGGCCUGCUUGCCUCCCUCCUCCUCCAGAGCCAGGAGCCCCCUACGGCCUUCAUCCCGCCAGAGCUCCUCUCUGUCAGGGGAGGGCACGGCCGUGCAUCCUGGACACCCCCACCUCAUGGAUGGAGCCCUGGCCAAAGCCAUGCUGGGAGACGGACGUAUCACGGCCCAGCAUCUGGAAGACCUCUACAAAGAGAGGGCUAUGCUGGUGAGUGAGAUAGACAAGGAGGAGAGGGAGCGUCACUGGUACUACAGCCAGCUCCAGGGCCUGUCUCAGCGGCUGAACCAACUGCCACGCAUCGACACGUUCUCCAUACAGAUGGACCUCAUUCGGCAGCAGCUGGAGUUCGAGGCGCAGCAGUUGCGUUCUGUCAUGGAGGAACGCUUCGGAACCAGCGAUGAAAUGGUCCAGCGGACUCAGAUCCGUGUGGCUCGUCUGGAACAGCUAGAGAAAGAGCUACAGGAGGCGCAGGAGUCCAGAGGCACCCAGGAAAAUAACCUGUGUGAGGUGAAAUAAACAGCACACACACACACACUUGAGAUACAGCCAAUCUGUGACACAGAAAAUGCGCUGUCUUCUUCUGCGAUUGAUGCACAAGGAGAUGGAAGCAAAGUGGAGAUGGUGUUCUGGCUGCUCUCCAUGUUGGCCAACCGGGACAGGGAGGAGAUGUCCCGCACUCUGCUGACCAUGUCCAGCUCCCAAGACAGCUGCAUCGCCAUGCGCAAGUCGGGGUGUGUACCCCUGCUGGUGCAGAUCCUUCACGACGGCCCAGGGGGCGCCGGAGAGGCGGAUGGAAGUACAGGGUGCAGCCGGGAGGCCCGAUCCAGAGCCAGCGCUGCCCUGCACAACAUAGUGUACUCCCAGCCAGACGAGGGCCAAGCCCGGCGGGAGAUGAGGGUGCUGCACGUGCUGGAGCAGAUCCGCUCGCACUGUGACAGCGGCUGGGACUGGAUCGAGAGCCACGUGGGGAGGCCCUCCCCCGGAGGUACUACAACCACAGACAUCCCUGAGACAUUGGAGCCCCAGAUCUGCCAGGCCAUGUGUGCUGUCAUGAAGCUCUCCUUUGAGGAGGAAUACCGACAAGCCAUGAAUGAACUAGGGGGGUUGCAGGUAGUCGCAGAGCUAAUGCACUUGGACCAGGAGCUGUACGGAAUGAAGAACGAUCCCAUCAAUAUGGCGCUUCGACGCUACGCAGGCAUGGCGCUGACAAACCUCACGUUCGGAGAUGUCGUCAACAAGGCCACUCUCUGCACAAAGAAAAGCUGCCUGCAGGCCAUUGUUGCCCAACUUGCAUCUGAUAGUGAGGAACUACAUCAGGUAGUGUCUAGUAUUCUGAGAAAUCUGUCAUGGCGUGCAGACAUCAACAGCAAGAGGGUCCUUAGGGACAUAGGGAGUGUAACAGGAUUGAUAACCUGUGCUCUUCAAGCCACAAAAGAAUCCACGUUGAAAAGCCUCCUCAGCGCUCUGUGGAACCUGUCAGCACACAGUCCUGAGAACAAGGUAGCCAUUUGCUCAGUAGAUGGGGCUCUGGGCUUCUUGGUCAGCACCCUCACCUACAGAUGUCAGACCAACUCACUGGCAAUCAUCGAGAGUGGAGGUGGCAUCCUGCGCAAUGUCUCCAGUCUUGUGGCCACACGGGAUGAUUACAGGCAAAUCCUCAGGGACCACAACUGCCUCCAAACGCUGCUUCAGCACCUGCGCUCUCACAGCCUGACGAUUGUGAGUAACGCUUGUGGGACCCUCUGGAAUCUCUCUGCCCGCAAUCCCAAGGACCAGGAGCUGCUGUGGGACCUGGGAGCAGUCAGCAUGCUGCGCAACCUCAUCCACUCCAAGCACAAAAUGAUAGCCAUGGGAAGUGCCGCAGCUUUACGGAACCUGCUCACAAAUCGGCCCCUCAAGUAUAAGGAUGCUGCGGUCAUAUCCCCUGGUUCCUGCAUGCCCUCGCUCUACAUGAGGAAGCAGAAAGCACUGGAGGCUGAGCUAGAUGCAAAGCACCUUGCUGAAACAUUUGAUUCCAUUGAAAAACAAAGCAGCCCCAAGCAUCCAAGCAUUAACAAGCCGCUGCGGCAUAUCGAGAGCCUGGCAAAGGAUUAUGCAUCUGACUCAGGCUGCUUUGACGAUGAUGAGGCCCCUAAUGUCUCCAGUAGUCUGGAUACAGGGAGUUUCUCCAUGCUCUCCAUGUUCCUGACCAAUUCCAACUUUCUUCAAAACCAGCCUCGCAAGAAGGACAGUGAACCGGAGAGAGACGUGGAGCCACCACAGACAGAGGAUAAGAGGCCCGCGCCUCCAGAAGACGAGGUGUCUGUUGCAGCAGGAAAAUUAGCAAAAAAGAUCACCAACACUGUGGCCAAGAUUGAUAAGCUUGUGGAGGACAUUACCAUGCAUACAUCUUCGGAGGACAGCUUCAGCCUUAGCUCAGAGGACCAUUUUGCAGACUGGCCUUAUGGAUCAGAUGAACUCCAUGAGGCCCGGGCCAAGUCAUGCUCCCCCUGCCGCCUCUCUGAUACCAGCAACUUUGCAAACAGGGAACGUCUAAACAGAGCCUAUGCUCUCUUACGUCUCAAAACUACCCAUGCAAGUUUGUCCACUGACAGUCUCAACAGUGGCAGUACCAGUGAUGGCUAUUGUGGUAGCAAGGACCAGAUUAGGCCCUCAGCGAGAUCAGCAACAGCUCAAAGACGACCUAACAAGCUUGAUCUUAAGGUGGCCCAUCAAGAAUAUCUUAACAUCAGAGCUCAUGUUCUCAAUGCGACAAGUCCGAUCGACGUGCCAGAGAGAGAUUCUGUGGACAACAAAGAGGUUCAAUUGCUUGAACUAAAUAGCACAGAAACAGAGAAGAGCCAAGAGCUGCCCCCACAAACACCAGCUAGUGCAUCAACUAAACUCUCUUCUGAUGUCAGCAUGUCUUCCAUAAAGCUGUCCCCUUCCUACCAACAUGUCCCUCUAAUUCAAAGUGUCUCCAAGUUUGGUGUUGCAAAAAGUGCCAUCAAUGUGCAGGCAGCUCAAGCAAUGAGGAGACAAGCCUGGGUCCCAACUGUGAUGACUGGAGGGAAUUUAGGCAAGUUUUCUCCAAUGAGCUCUGCUAGAAGUCCAACCAUUGGCCCAAUGGAGACACUGCAGAAGUAUUCAGUGGAGAACACCCCAAUCUGUUUCUCCCGUUGCAGUUCCCUGUCCUCCCUCUCCUCUGGUGAUGGAGCUCUUGACGGACAGAGUCAAAGUGAAAAUGAGUUGGAGAGUGACACAUCACUUGAGAUCAUUGAAAUGGAAGAUGGGGAUCUGGUCAAUAGGGAGGAGGAGAAUGAGACCCUGGAGGAUUUAAGUGAUAGCCAACUGCUAGUCACUGAUUCAAAAACCUGUCUGAGCAUUGGGUCUGAUCCUAUUGAAAUUCCCUGCCCCACCAAACGUGAAAAGGUGUUCCUCAGGGGUGUAUCACCAGGCAUACUUGAGGACAGAUCACCUUCAAGUUCAUCAGAGAAUUACAUCCAUGAGACCCCACUUGUGAUGAGCCGUUGUAGCUCCGUCAGCUCACUGGGUAGCUUUGAGUCUCAUUCAAUUGCCAGCUCCAUACUUAGUGAUCCAUGCAGCGGAAUGAUCAGUGGAACCAUAAGUCCAAGUGAUCUUCCUGACAGUCCAGGGCAAACCAUGCCCCCCAGUCGAAGCAAAACCCCAUGCUUUGCUGAAUCAAAUGGACCAGAAACCCAAAAUGCUGGGACAGCAGGGCAGUGGGAAAGCAGCUUGCGCAAGUUCAUGGAAGUUGCAGACUUUAAAGAAAGGAUCAACUUACCUCCAGAUUUGGAGACCAUGAUCUAUUUUACAGUAGAAAAACCCACAGAGAACUUUUCAUGUGCCUCCAGCUUGAGUGCUCUACCUCUUCAUGAGCACUACAUUCAGAAGGAUGUGGAACUGAAAUUGACUCCCUUACUCCAGAAAAAGGACAACAAUCCAUCAUUCCCAAGGGCUCAUGGAGAUAGAGAUGACAAUGAGCAUCCUUCUUUUAUGGACCAAGGGGAGAGAUAUAGUGAGGGCAAUUCAGAUGAUGAUAUAGAAAUUCUCAAAGAAUGCAUCAAUUCAGCAAUGCCCUCCAAGUUCAGGAAAGUAAUGCCCUCCUUGAUCUCCACCUUACCCACACAUGUUCUAAACUCACAAACCCGAAAACCUAUACCUGUUUAUAUGAUGGUUCCUAGCAAUGCCAAUCAAAUGUGCUCAGGGAGAAGGAUUGUGAUGCAACAAAAGGACUUAUAUCUUGAUGAUUCAUCAUACACUGAUUCUGCCGAGGGCACCCCUGUCAACUUUUCCAGCACGACAUCGUUAAGUGACGAAACACUUCAGUAUCCAGUGAGGGACAAGGGGGCAAAAGAUUGGAGGGUUAGAAGUAUGAACAAACAGGAAUUGUUGGAUCAAGAGGCAAAGAGAAUUGAAGACCUUCGGGUUUUCUCGCACUUCCACAAACCCACUAAAAUUACCAGUCAGCCUGACAUACCAGUCAAUCAAAUGAGCAGGUCAAUCAAACAUGUCAUUCCCACUCAAAGAGUACUGAUGCAGAGCAAAGAAGUUGCUGACAGAGUGGCUAAUCAGAGAAACCGUGAUCAAUCACCCAAUCAACAAAGACAAAAGCAGGGACAGGUCCUGACAAGGAAACUGGAUCUACCUAUCAUAAAGCAAAACACAGAAGGGAACCAAAAUCAGAGAGCACUAGAGAGAAAUAAGGCUUUUCAGUCCAUGCCCCAUCCAACACCUACAGGGGAAGCCAUUUACUGCUUGAAUGAUGACCAGACAGACAAAGAGGAGGGAGUGAUGAAAAGGACAGGGAGAAAACAGAUGAGAGAGUCCAGCAGAAACACUCUCUCCCGAAGUAUGACUAAUAUUGGUCGGAUUGACAAUUCCCAGACAAGACCCAAAGGCUUUAAUAGGAUCAAGCACAAACUAAUCAUGGAGGAAACACCCCCAUGUUACUCUCUUAGUUCAUCUCUUAGCUCUUUGAGUGAUGCAGAAUUUGAGGAACACCAAUCAAAAUCCCAGCAAGUAUGGGUGAAAAACAAACACAACAAGAUAUCUAACCAGGUCCAACAAACAAGACCAAUGCACAUCCACAAUCAGUAUGAGGAACAAAGCUCACCAAGCUCAGUCAGUAUGGAUUCAGAGGAUGAUCUUCUGCAAAAAUGCAUAACAUCUGCAAUGCCCAAGCAGAGGAAGAAGCUAUCUGCAAGAAAGAAAGCAGAGAAGAAGCAGAAACAAAGAAAUGACAUGCAGAAAGUGUCCGGUGGAUGGAACAACGAACAAGACUUUGACAGUGACGAUAUAGCAUCUGAUAAAGACUCAGACCUCAACAGUGUUGAAUGGAGAGUAAUACAAGAAGGAGCUAAUUCUGUUGUCACAAGGUUACAAGCAUCAAAGUCUCAAGAACAUUCCUCUGAAGAGACUGAAUCUGUCCUCUCAUUCAUGUCUGGAUCUAGCUUUACGCCUAAAGAAAAGAAGAUCUUUAAAGACAAAAAAGCAAACAAACCACUGGACUUUAACCAACGUAAACCAGUUUCAAAUCUACCAGUGGUCUUCAGAGGUAGAACAGUGACAUACACGCCUAAGAAAGAGACAAAUCUUUCGCAAAGGCCGCCUCCUAAUAAAGAAUCCCCCAAAACAGAUGCUCCAAAGAAUCCAAACCUUGCUCAACAGAGGUCAAAGAGUCUCCACCGUUUGGGACAACCCCUGGACUCCACACAGUGGUGUUUGCCGAAAAGAAGCUCAACCCCACCUCCGAGGAUACCAAAGAGCUCAUCCUCUGGAUCAUCUCAAAGCUCUACUCCAUCGAGACAGUCACAGAAGAAAAUAAUCUCUCCCUCACAAACAAGUAAAUCUGUUCCCCAAAAAGAUAACACACCAGCAAGUAGUCCACCUGAAAGGAAGGGACGUUCCACUGUUCCUUCAAAUCAGAGCCCAAUACCUCCAGGACACAAAACACAGAAGUCACCCGUCCGAAUACCCUUCAUGCAGAAUGCAGCAAGACAGUCCAGAACUCUAUCGCCAUUGGUAACCAACCAACCCACAAGUAUCAGCAGACAAAACAGUCAGGUGGCUGGAAAAAUAAUCCCUCCAGUCAAUCGUUUUGACUUAGUCCGCAUGACAUCUACCCAUUCAAGCAGCAGCGAGUCUGACCGCAAUGGGUUCCUGAGGCAAUUGACCUUUAUCAAGGAAUCAAAGACAAGGAUGAGACGUGACAUUUCAUCCUCACGCUCUGUGCCUACCUCGCAGCAUGCAUCGCCCAGAAAAGCAAUUCCAAGUGCUCCUGCAGUCUUCCUAUGCUCAUCUCGAUGCCAAGAGCUAAAGGCAGUUGCUCAGGGACCAAGAAGAAUGCAAGGAAAGGGCCCCGGGCAAAGGCAAGAGCCAAGGCAGGAGCAGGGGCUUCAAAGGCAGACUGUGACUCUGUCCAGAGCCUGCUCUAGUGACCGAGACCUCUCAACGAGGUGUCCAGCCAGGAGAACCAGCUCAGAGAGUCCCUGCAGGGUGCCUCCGAGAAACGUCUCCGCAACCAAGCAACAGGCAAGAGACAACAUCAAGCACCAUUCCUCAUCGCCCAGCAUAAACAUACUAAGCAGAGUAACCAGCCGCUCCUCGCUCCGCUCCUCGUCCUCCGACUCAAGUGGGCGAGCCAAGAGUGAGGACGAUACAAAGAAGAAGCAGCAGAGAACUGGAUCACACCUCAAUGACAGAGUCACCUGGAGGAGGAUCCGGGAUGAGGAUGUGCCUCAAAUCUUGAAGAGCACUCUGCCAUCUACUGCAUUGCCUCUGUUGCCUGUUCCUGAAGGGCCAAAACCAAAACCACCGGCACUGCCAAGGAAACUGCCGACCAUUUUACUAAAGUCAAGAAAGAUGAGCGACGCUACAGUCCAAACAGAGGAUUUCUCGUCCAACAAGACCAACUCAAGCACCUCUCCAACUGUUGAGACAGCUCCAAUCAUCUCAGAGGAGGCAGCGAGACUAGCCCUCCUUAGAAAGAUCAGCAUUGGCUCCGGUCAAGAUGGAGACUCUGAUGGAUCCCUAAAGAGUUACAGCACAGCAUCCUCUGGAAACGCUCACUCUGUGGAAACUCACACAGGCGGCGUCGGCCAUUUCCGUCAGAGCUCCCCCAGCAAGGCAGUUCGGGUCACCCCAUUCAACUACAUACCCAGCCCCAUGGCCUGCUGCCUGCAAGAUGCACAGAGCCAAGCAACAACAAUCAAUGAGAAGUCAUGUGAAAAAUCUGAAGCCUAGUACCUACUACGUAGUACCGUAUGUAAUUCUGUACAAUUGAGAUGAGAAAAAUCCUACUGUGUUCCUGAUUGAAACUAACACAAAUACUUGUGUAUAUCAAUCCUUUUACCUCGGGUAUUGAACCUUCUUUUUCCUCACUGCAUCAGAAACAUGUCUUCAAAAAAGAACACUCGUCAUUUCAAAUCAUCUGAUCCCACAUGUCAUUCAUACAAGUUGGGUGUAUGCAUUAAGACAGGACUUCCUUGGAUAGAAUAACACUAUCCUAUAUUUAGAGAGGAGUUACGGGGAGUAGCCUAAUCUCGUACAAAAUGCACAUUUUUGUACUUUUUGUAUUUGUAUAUAAACCAUUGCUUGUUAGAAGAUUAGUGUAGACAUGACAACAUAGGAAAAAAAAUACAAUUGUCUGUGGAUUUCAAGACAUACAGCACCAUCAUCAAAAUGAAGGAACAACCAUUAUUGAAAAACAAUAUGCAAAUCAUUGAGUGAAAACCCAGCUGGAAGACUUGUGUGUUUUUGAAAAGGUACUACUGUGGCUCCAAACUCAUUUGAAAAAGACUGUUGAAAUACAUCAAAAUAUGGACAUAAUAUUAUGUAAAGUAUUUACUAUGUACUCACAUGUUACUGCUUUGCCUUCGCCACACUAUUUACUACUGAGGAUACCACACUGUUAGCCUUCACUUUAGAACCACUGCAGGAAUUAUUAUUGCCAAUAUUUAACGUUAAAUAAUCAGCACUGCUGGAACACUAUGUUAACUGUAUUCUGUUUUAGAAGCGGUAUUGUAAAUGCAUGCAGACCAAUGUUCCCUCUAAACUGAGCGCAUGCGCAGCCGUGCUCCUCCUCCAGGACUGCCACGCAGAAAAAAAGCCAGGUGGCUCAGAGAUUCAAGAGUUUGAACUUCACUGAGUUCACAUUAUAUAUAGCAACAUUUUCUGUGAUCGAAUCAACAUUAUAUCAGGCCAUUUCAAAUUCAACAAAACAAAACAAAUCCAUCUUUGCAAGAUUUAGUCUGUUAUUUUGUUGUAGGCAGAGCCAGAGCGCAACGGAGAAGAAUUAUAUUUGCGGGUGUAGCCCACGAUCUGAAUGCAAGUGAAUGCGCUUUUCAGAUCAGAGCCGCGCGUGUGGACAUUUGUUGAUAUUCUUUGCUAGAUAGCGAGUUAUUAGACCAGUUAUAGAUAAGUAUAGGUCAGCAAUGGAGAGUUACUGCUUCAUACAAUAGCACAAAACGUGUAGGCUACAUUUCAAGCUCGUUGAAAAGCCAGUAAAAAGCUUGUCUUAAUUAAAGGGGCAGUGUUGUAUUUCGAGACAGGCGUGAAUAUGCACAUAAACCAAUAGGAAGAGGGGUAGCCUACAUUGUCUAAUUCGCUGUAUGGUAAUAAUAAUUAAUUGAAUUUUGUAAAGUGGUUUCUUGCAUCAUAUAAUACUAUACAAUGCCAUUUGUUUUACCCAUGGUGUUACAGAAUAAGUUUUAAAAAUAAUGAAUUAAGGUCAAGCCCUUCAUAAUGUAAAAACGUUUUUAAAAGACUCAUGCAAUGUAGGCCUGCAUUGAACACCACAUAUAGGCUACUGUAGGCUAUUUCAUAGAAAUCAAAAGCUAUUUCCAUGCUAAUGUUAUGGGAUCCAUUCGUUUUGUUGGUAGGCCUACAUUAUUUUUAUUUUAUUUAUUUCACCUUUAUUUAACCAGGUAGGCAAGUUGAGAACAAGUUCUCAUUUACAAUUGCGACCUGGCCAAGAUGAAGCAAAGCAGUUCGACACAUACAACGACAGAGUUACACAUGGAGUAAAACAAACAUACAGUCAAUAAUACAGUAUAAACAAGUCUAUAUACGAUGUGAGCAAAUGAGGUGAGAUAAGGGAGGUAAAGGCAAAAGAAAAGCCAUGGUGGCAAAGUAAAUACAAUAUAGCAAGUAAAACACUGGAAUGGUAGAUUUGCAAUGGAAGAAUGUGCAAAGUAGAAAUAAAAAUAAUGGGGUGCAAAGGAGCAAAAUAAAUAAAUAAAUUAAAUACAGUUGGGAAAGAGGUAGUUGUUUGGGCUAAAUUAUAGGUGGGCUAUGUACAGGUGCAGUAAUCUGUGAGCUGCUCUGACAGUUGGUGCUUAAAGCUAGUGAGGGAGAUAAGUGUUUCCAGUUUCAGAGAUUUUUGUAGUUCGUUCCAGUCAUUGGCAGCAGAGAACUGGAAGGAGAGGCGGCCAAAGAAAGAAUUGGGUUUUGAGGUGACUAGAGAGAUAUACCUGCUGGAGCGUGUGCUACAGGUGGGAGAUGCUAUGGUGACCAGCGAGCUGAGAUAAGGGGGGACUUUACCUAGCAGGGUCUUGUAGAUGACAUGGAGCCAGUGGGUUUGGCGACGAGUAUGAAGCGAGGGCCAGCCAACGAGAGCGUACAGGUAGCAAUGGUGGGUAGUAUAUGGGGCUUUGGUUACAAAACGGAUUGCACUGUGAUAGACUGCAUCCAAUUCUAGAUUUAACUUUGGAUUGGAGAUGUUUGAUAUGGGUUUGGAAGGAGAGUUUACAGUCUAACCUGACACCUAAGUAUUUGUAGUUGUCCAUGUAUUCUAAGUCAAAGCCGUCCAGAGUAGUGAUGUUGGACAGGCGGGUAGGUGCAGGUAGCGAUCGGUUGAAGAGCAUGCAUUUAGUUUUACUUGUAUUUAAGAGCAAUUGGAGGCCACGGAAGGAGAGUUGUAUGGCAUUGAAGCUUGCCUGGAGGGUUGUAAACAGUGUCCAAAGAAGGACCAGAAGUAUACAGAAUGGUGUCGUCUGCGUAGAGGUGGAUCAGAGACUCACCAGCAACAAGAGUGACAUCAUUGAUGUAUACACAGAAGAGAGUUGGUCCAAGAAUUGAACCCUGUGGCACCCCCAUAGAGACUGCCAGAGGUCCGGACAGCAAACCCUCCGAUUUGACACACUGAACUCUAUCAGAGAAGUAGUUGGUGAACCAGGCGAGGCAAUCAUUUGAGAAACCAAGGCUGUCGAGUCUGCCGAUGAGGAUGUGGUGAUUGACAGAGUCGAAAGCCUUGGCCAGAUCAAUGAAUACGGCUGCACAGUAAUGUUUCUUAUCGAUGGCGGUUAAGAUAUCGUUUAGGACCUUGAGCGUGGCUGAGGUGCACCCAUGACCAGCUCUGAAACCAGAUUGCAUAGCAGAGAAGGUAUGGUGAGAUUCGAAAUGGUCGGUAAUCUGUUUGUUGACUUGGCUUUCGAAGAUCUUAGAAAGGCAUGGUAGGAUAGAUAUAGGUCUGUAGCAGUUUGGGUCAAGAGUGGCCCCCCCUUUGAAGAGGGGGAUGACCGCAGCUGCUUUCCAAUCUUUGGGAAUCUCAGACGACACGAAAGAGAGGUUGAACAGGCUAGUAAUAAAGGUGGCAACAAUUUCGGCAGAUAAUUUUAGAAAGAAAGGGUCCAGAUUGUCUAGCCCGGCUGAUUUGUAGGGGUCCAGAUUUUGCAGCUCUUUCAGAACAUCAGCUGAACGGAUUUGGGAGAAGGAGAAAUGGGGAAGGCUUGGGCGAGUUGCUGUGGGGGGUGCAGUGCUGUUGACCGGGGUAGGAGUAGCCAGGUGGAAAGCAUGGCCAGCCGUAGAAAAAUGUGUUUCCUAUCUUCAGUGCAGUGGGCAGCUGGGAGGAGGUGUUCUUAUUCUCCAUGGACUUUACAGUGUCCCAGAACUUUUUUGAGUUAGUGCUGCAGGAAGCAAAUUUCUGCUUGAAAAAGCUAGCCUUGGCUUUUCUAACUGCCUGUGUAUAAUGGUUUCUAGCUUCCCUGAACAGCUGCAUAUCACGGGGGCUGUUCGAUGCUAAUGCAGAACGCCAUAGGAUGUUUUUGUGUUGGUUAAGGGCAGUCAGGUCUGGGGAGAACCAAGGGCUAUAUCUGUUCCUGGUUCUAAAUUUCUUGAAUGGGGCAUGUUUAUUUAAGAUGGUUAGGAAGGCUUCUUUUUUAAUAGGCAUUUUUUUUUAAAUAGCCACAAUAGCCUAUUGGUUACUGUCUAAAACUGUAAACACACGCCGGAAGUUGGACAAAAUUCUCACAAUUCUCAAGUUUCCGUUCACAAGACCUCAAAUUUGAUUUGCGCAGCGCACCAAAAAAAUUGAGGGAACAUUGGUGCAGACAUGCAGUAGAACUCUAUAAGCUUCCCAGUGAGCAAAAACAACUCUGUGUUGCUCCUUACAGCAUGCUAAAUACACCUGUAUUACACCUGUUAAUAUGGUAGGUGUUGAACUAAAAUUAACUUCUCCUCAGUGGCAUUCUUCCUUAUUUAAAAAGACCAACAUAAAAUAACCAGCCAUGGAAACAAACAUGCAUUUCUUGUCCAUCUCCAUUCUGGAUCAAGUGGCAGUGAGAAUAUGCCAUGCUCAUUGAUUCUAAUUGUAGAUGAACAGUCUGAAUGACUGUAUUUCAACAUAAUAGCUGUAAAUGCCUUUGUCUAUUGAAUGCUAUGACAUAUGUGUUCGCCUCUAGAAUCACUUAAAGUAAUCAGAGAGCAGGUACUGUACAAUAUGGUGUGAUGGUGGAUGAUGAUCGUUAAGAAACAACUGUUGGGUUCUACACAAGAGUACACAUACAGAAAUUAUUCUGUAGAAAUAUUUACAGAAAGGUGUUAAUAUCCGCUUUAAACGUCUUGCUGUCAGUAGUGAUAGGUCAACGAACUCAAGCAUAAAGACCUUAGAAAUAAAAAUGCAUAUUCUCUGUAGUUGUAACAUCACUUGUUCAUAUGUUCUCUUAAGAGAUGUAACCAAGACAAUUCGAUUGAUAGAAGUGCUUGACAGAAAUGAAACUAAUCUGGCGUGAUUUCCAUGGAAUUUAAGAGCUGUUUAUUCUCAUUUAAUGUACAAUGUUAAAUUGAGUCAGGUAACAUUUCCAAAGCAUUUGAGUAAUGCAAUUAACCAAGCCCCUUUGUCACAAUUGCCAUUGAUAAUGUAUAAACAGCCCUUAAAGACUAGUAGUGACAAUGGAGUACAUAGGAAAGUUGUCAAAGAUCAAGACAGUAUUCUUUAAAUCUUUUGUAAAGGUUCUUACAACGGAAAUGUUGUAUAAUGUAUGUUACGAAUCAGAUUAAAAGAUCCAAGGUUGUACACCAUGAACGUCAUAGACCUUGUUUAUACCUGGCAUUAAAUUACGUAAAGUUAGAUUCAAUGCUUGAAAGCACCGGAAAGAUUUGUGAACGAGCCUAGUGAAAUCCCCUCCCAAGGUGGAAUAGAAAGCCGAUUUAGAUCAGCCAGGACUCGGGAACUGGAAUACUGUAUUAGCAAUUAGGUAUCCUGUGAGAUCAGUGUCAUUUUGAUAUUACUCACUUUGCUUCAACUAGGAUAGGCUAAAUUAAGUUAGACCAUGGGGUGAAAGGAAAGAAGGAUUAUAGCAGAUCAGAUAUGGGGUAGAAGAAAUCUCAUGCCAUGUAUAAACAGGGCCAUAGGCAAAUGGUACCAUGUGAUAUAGGCCAAGGAAUGAAAGUCAUCAUAAUACAUUUUCUCAUCAAAUAAAUUGUGGACGUGUAUCAUUUUCCUGGCUGA